AUGUUCAUUAAAAGUAAAUUGACUGGAUGUAAAAUUGAAUUAAUCGAUUGUUUUGGUGAACAUCAAUCACAAUUAUUUUAUAAUCGGAUACGAAUACAUAAUCCAUGUUGGAAUAAAUAUGGUAAAUCACAAUUUGAUGUAAAAUUAGGUUAUACAAUACCAUUAGAUUUAAGUAAUGAUAAAAAAAUACCAAUUCUAUGUACACCUAUACAUUUCUUUCAACGUUUAUAUGACAAACAACAAGGUCAUCAUCAUCAUCAACAACAACAGCAGCAACAACAGAAUCGAAAUUCAACUAGUGGAUAUAUUCAAUCAAAACAAAGUGUUAUAGAUAAUACAGAUUCUAAUGUUGUCAAUCGUAAUAACAAAGGAACUACUGGAUUAGUCAUUCAAUCUAUAAAUGAUUCUUGUAAGGAAUUAUCAAAUUCACUGACGAAUAAAAUUGAUACAGUGGAAAAUGUAUCUAAUGAUAAUUUUAUAACAAAUGAUGCUUUAGCUACAAUACGUGUAUAUUUUCCUGUGAAAUUAAUGCAAUCGGCAAAUGAAUUAAAAAUUAGUUCAGAUCUUAAAAAACGAUUUCAUCUUUUACCGCAUUUACAUGAAUUCGUCGCAUAUCCAGAAUUAUUAACACUAUCCAUAGAUCAAUUGAGUACGUGUAUUUUAAAAGGUUUAUCGAUGGUACAAUCGUUGAUUCAAUGUACUCUGUCAGUGCCAAAAGAAUUGUACAUGUUGCAAAAGGAUCAGUCAACACUACAUAAAUCAGUGAAUAACACUAACGGCAACGAUAAUGAUAAUGCUAACAAGAUUCCAAAAGCCGAUGAAAAUAAUGAAUCUACAUCACCACAAGAGAACCGUUUUAUAAUUGUCAAUCGUGGUAUUUACAAUCGACUGAAUGCACUGAUUCAAAUACAGAAUACAGAAAAAAUGAUAAUAAUGCCAAAACGUAUUCAAUGGUCAUUAGGUUUGAUUAAUAACCGUAAAAAUUCUUCAUUAAAUCAGAAAUUUAUCGAUUGUAAUAAUUUAAUGACCUCCUCAUCAUCACAACUAACUAAUAAAACCAGUCGUUCUACAUCCUCUCUUGAUAAAGAAUUAUUGGCUAAUAGUGAUGAUAAACAUAACGAUGAAAAUAUUAUCCAUAAUUCUAAUCAAAGCAGAGCUGACAAUCAUGACGAAGUCAUUAACAAUAAUUUCUGUAAUGGUUAUCUAAGAGAUUGGGUUGGAUUGUCGAUUUCUGAUCAUGACGACGAUUUUAAUCACAAUUAUCAACAUCAAAGUCACGUGAACUGUCCAACAAUGAAUAGGACAUUAAAUAACACAUCGUCAUCAUCAUUGUCAUCUGUUAAUGGUAAUGAUAAUUCCAGUAUUAGAGAUUAUUCAUCUGUUACAGAACGUUCGUUAUGUAUGGUAAAAACAAAUGAUCAUUCAAUCACGACUAAUAAUAAUAAUAAUAAUGCAAUGAAUAGUAUUAGAAUUGCUUUUGUUCGUCGUGAGUCAUCUGAAUGCGGUGAUGCAAUAGCUUCGUGUUUUCUUCAAAAUAAACAUUUACCUGCUAAACUGCGUAGAUCACGACUUCGUGGAACGGAUAGCUUAGUUAUUAAAUUCAAAAGACACACUCUUUCAAGCAAUUAUUAUCCUAGUGAAUUAGUUCCUAAUUCUAUUGUGCAAUAUAAUGAACAGUUAAAUUGUGAUAAAUUUUUCAAUCCUAAUACUAUUUUUAUGACUACCAAUAAUACUUCUACCAUUACGACUAUUAACACGAGUAGUAGUAAUGAUAGUAGUAGUAAUAAUACUCACAAUAACAGUACUGAAAAACGUAUGCGCUGUGAUCAAAAUAAAAUUUUAUGUAUUUUAACUUCACCUCUUAACUAUUCGUCAAAUUAUUAUCCAAGAAAUACAUGUUAUGAUAGCUAUCAGAAUCAUCCUCAUCAUUAUCAUCAUAAUAAUCGUCUAUUAUCUCCAACUACACUGACCACAUCAUCUAUUGCAUCUCGAGUGAAAUGGGGAGCAAAUUUAACAUUGUUAUCUAAUUCUCUUACAAAUAAUCAUGAUACCAAUGACAAUAUACAAACAAAUUAUCCCGUAAAUCAUCAAUAUGAUUCUGGAUCGAAUACAAAAGAAUUAAAUCAAUUUACCAAUGAAUUUAAUACAAAUAAAAAUUUUUUAACACCAUCAUUAUCGUCAUCUUCAUCGUCAACAGUGACGCUUAGAACUUGUCAACAUGAUUUAGAUAAGAUAAUUCUACAUCCCAGGCCUAGAAUACCACCGAAACGUUUAGAUUUAGCUAAUCAAGAUUUGGAAUUAGCUUUGAAAAGGAGCCUUAGUGAUUGUACAAUGCAGUCAUCUAAUAAGAAUUAUCACAAUAGUUCAAUCAAGAAAUCUUUGGCUUAUAAAGUGCGGUUAAAUAACCAACAUACUGGGAACAGGGAUUCAACAAAUAAAAAUCUUGCGCGUCGAACAAAAGCAGUCUUACGCUCAAAAAGAAAACGUCACAAAACAUUUACUAAUUCACGUCGUCAGAAAUCCAAGGCUGGUAAUGUUAAAGGCCAAAGACAUAAGUCUAGUGGAAAUUCUCCCAUUACUAAUCCAACAGACAAUAGUUUUGUUUCAAAUCAAUCACACAUUGUUUUAGAUGAUUCUGUAAUUAAUAAUUUGAAUGAGAAUGGUGAUCGACUGAUGAAUGACAACCUAUCACGUCUCCCAUUGCCAAAACUUACUUUGGCUAAAAAUAGUGUUGGUGAAUUUAAUGUAGUUGAAAAUCGUGAAGAGAACACUGGCAAGUUUCCUGAAAUAUGUGAUCGUAAAACUACUACUGAUAACAUAAUAGUUACUAGUAUGAGUAAUGGUAAUAUCGAUAAUUCAGUUCUGAAUAGCUGUCAGGCGAUAAUUAGUUCGUCGUCAUUAUCAUCAGCAUCAACAUCAUCUAAAUUUACAACAUGUAAAUCUUUAAAACGGAAAUCUGAUAAUAAACAGAGAGUAAAUUGUCUGAAUAAUGACAGAAUAGUGAAUAAAAUUUCUCAGAUCAAUUCGGAAGUUUUACAGGACUCUAAUGAUGUAGGUGAUAUUAAUAUUGAUGAAUUAGAGCACAGCUCUAGAACGGUUAUUAGCUCGGUAGAUAAGCUCGAACAAAUGACAACAACUACUGCCACAGGAUCUUUCAAAACUGAUGAGCAAUAUUCUACAUUUACAACGAAUUAUGAAUAUACACCUGUCAUGAAUUGUAUUGUAUCGAAUAAAUCUACUGCAGAUUCAACAAACCUAUCGUCAGUGUCACCUCAGCAAACAAUACAGUGGGAAAUUCCGAAAUUCACUAGUUUGACUGAUAAUUCCACUGCAUUGGGAUUUGUACAAUCUGUAGUACAUAAUACAUUAGUUAAUCCUUCUUUUACCAUAACAACAACAUCAACCACACCUAGUCAAAUCUCCUGUGGUCAAUCCAUAAAUUUCACUAAUCAACAUCAAAAUAUUUCACAUUUAUCUCCAAUUCAUCCUGUUACCAUGUGGAGUCGUCUAACCAAUCCUUUACCAGCUCCAGAUCCUCCAACAAAACUAUUUAAUACUAAACGUGUUCCAUUUCAACAUCUUCCUCAGCUUACUCCUACUAUUAAUAAUCAUAAAUUUCAACAAUUCCCAGUGGUUGGAUCGGGUAAUUCUAUUUGUAACACUCAAGGAAUUCCACAAACACUAGUCACAAACCAUUUGCCUUAUCAUAUAGCAUCGAACUCCACGACUAUUCCAACCGAUUCAAUUGUUCACUUGCCUACUGAUGCAUACCUAAAACAAAAUACGAAUACUAAUGUAGUGGGCUUGGCUACAAAUCCUUUGCAAUAUUCAACAUUGUGUAAUCCUAGUCCUUUAAAUGAUUUGAAUUCUAAACAGUUUUUGCAAAACUUGGGUAAAAUACAAUUGAGUAGUCAACUUUAUUCAUCUUUUCCUACUCCUAUGCAUCUGUCUCUACCUUCACUGCUCUUUCCAAAUACUCAGUUCUCACUAGUAUCGUCUUCAUCAUCACCAGCGGUCUCAUCACCUGUCUUCAGUAGUGGAAAUCAAAUUCAUCAUUGGCCAUGCACGAACUUCCUAUCAAAUUCAAACAUUUCCAAAUUAACCGGAAAUAUCCCUGUAGGUUAUGAUACUACAUCAUUAUUAAUGCCUUCUGGAAAUCCAAUGUUAAAUAAUUCCAACAAUAGUAAUAAUGUUCAAAAUGGUUUUUUAUCAUAUCCUUUUUUACUUCCUAAUUCAACAUUUACAAACGUUGGACAGCUGAACUUAUGUAAUUCAACUCCUUUGCUAGGAGCAUGUCCAUCAUCUUUGCAAUCAAUGCUUGGCGCAUCAUACAUCGUUGGUGCACAGAACUUUAGUGAUAAUAGUAACAACAAUAACCAAGGUCACAAUCGUAAUACUCUUGAAAAUUGCAUCUGGCUUCCUUAA